UCGCGGGCUCAUAAGAAGUUGAAAACAAGAUGGCGACUCGAAAGAGUAAACAAACUCCCAAGUCCCGAGAAACAUUAUCCCCAAACAGCCUCACACAGCCUCUAGACCAGCUACGAGUUAGCUCUUCAAGGACAUCAGACCGAGGUCGGGGUACAGCGAGGAAUAACUACUCACGCUAUUCGCCUCAGCCUGGAAGAACGACCUCUCGAGUACAUCAUAGCAACCAAAAGACGACAGAAGCAAGUAAAGCUGUUGCACAUAGACCUCGAGGCGGAAUGGCCGCCAAAACUCAGGGGAUCUUAGCCCCAAAGGGUUACACAUGUAGACCGAUCGUUCCCGCAGAGAAAGCCGAGCUGUUACCAGUCGCUAGAGCUAUGCACCGUGAGGAGUUUGCACCGAGGGUGAAAAAAUUAUUUGAUCCGGAAAGGGAGGCGGCAUUGGAAGCCAUAGAGACCGGUAUUUAUAUAGGAUGGCGUAUCCCCAGCUUUAAACACGAUUGCGUUCGUGUAGGAAGCUCAUCGAAGUGCUUUUGUGGGCAUUCAUUAAGCGAGCAUGGGAGGUACGAUAGUAACAGUGUGCGGGUUCCCUGUGGUAUGGCAGGUUGCAAGUGUAAGGCGUUUGCGUUUAUACCAUCUCGUGCUGAGGAUGUGGGAGAGUAUUGGUUGCAGCGUAGACCGAAUUUUGACCCUCGCUCUUGGCGUGCAAAGUGUAAAUGCAAGCAUACUCAUGAAGAACAUGUUGCCACUGGUAUGAGGCAGUGUCGGAUUGCUGGUUGUGGGUGUGGACGCUUCUUUUCUAAUUUCCUCUGUUGUGCAUGUGAUAAACACUGGGAAGAGCAUGAGACAGUGUUUGAGACGGAGCGCAUGAGGAAAGAUGAAGGUAUUCCAUACGGGGAAGCAUAUCUCCCUUUCCAUGAGUUGCCAGGGCUUCGUAACGCUGUGCUUACUGGACGGGAAGAUGAUGAUAGUCAAUAUAUGGCGCUGACAUCAGGUAGAUAUGCCAUUCCAGAUAAUACCCCGACAGGCUUGGCGCUCCAAUUGAGAGGAGCACAGUCCUCCCCUAGAUCUUCUUUCCAGUAACUGCAGUCGCAUACCAUGAUUUGGAGUAUGGGAGGUGAAGGAACAAUGUCUCCGUACCCCACCGUGGACAUGGUAAUUAUGGCCCACCAAAACGAGGCUGGGAUGCUCUCAAAGGGUGAGCCCGCUAUCCCAAAACCUUCAAUGUAAAAAAGUGCGCUGGAAAACAGUACUACUGCCAUUAGAACACACAAUAUCAACGUCCCCAUUUUCUCUUUGCUCUGUAAUAAAGCACGUCCAAGGAGCUUUAGACCAUUUGAGUAACGGUAUAACUUGAAAAGUCGGACAACGCGAAACAGGCGAAUCGCGCGCACAACGUUGAACGACUUGACAUUAGAGGUGCCCUCUUCAAGGAGGAGUGAAAUGUAGUAUGGAGAAAUCGCUAUAAAAUCGACGACGGCUAGAAAAGAGCGGAUAAACUUGAAUCGGUCAGGGGAUGCAAAUAAGCGUAAAAGAUACUCCACAGUGAAGAAUAUGACAAAAGCAGUAUCGAUGGCGAACCAGAGAGGUGUUUGUGGCCUCUCAAGGAUAUCUUUUGUAUCAUCUUUAUCAUACUUGUUAUCGAUGAAUUCGAAAUCAGGAACUGUAUCAAGACAAAACGCAAUAACCGAGAGGAUGAUGAUCAGCAUUGAGAAACGAGCGAGGAAUUUCCCAGUUCUGGAAUCACCCGGAUUUUCUAACAUCGACCACAAUAAGCGUCUCAAAUCCGCAAAAUGUCCCUGGAACAACUCAGGGUGAGACACAGUCUCCGCAAUAUCUUCCAUAUUGUCAUCCCCAAGUCCAUAAAACUUAAUCUCAUCAGAGAACGUGUCUUCGUCAACAGACCCUGGCCGUGCGAGGACUCUACCUUUGGACUGGUAGAAAAACAAAAUGGCAUCAAACGAUGCUGGGUCCCUAUUGAAUACAAGGGCGUUGGCUGUAGGGUCAUAAAAACGCCCCCUUCCCCCUGGAGACCCGAGAAGAGUCUCGGGGAAUUGAUCAAGUGUUGUCCGGAAAGUCUCAAAUUUCGUUCCACGGACAAUGAUGAUUAUUCUAUCCUCUUCGCUCGCGGACGAAGAUAGUGCAUCGUAAAGACUGCCUUGACCUUGGCCUUGACUGAUGUCUAGUGUAGCGACAGAAGGAAUUGAUGCUCGGUGAUAGCACUGCGCAUGUGCGGUACUCAGCCUUCUGGGACUAUCAUACAGGAGUGGUGUUGAAGGGUGAAUGCAAUUGCUUUCCCCAGGGGUCCCCGGACGGGGAGUCCAGCUUGAGCGGCGCGAAAAGUCUGUGGUCUGAAAUGGCGCAAGACCUGCAGUAGCGUGGAUAGCCAUCACAAAUAGAUAUCAAAUGAUAAUGUAAAAUAAAUGUUUGUCUCCACAAUUUCGCUCGUCUUUUCGUAGCUGUUCACUUUCUUUUACUCGGGGGUUUCCAUAUUUUUUUGUCCCUUUACAGAUGCUGCUACUUCUUUAAAGGCUCUAAUUUCUCCUAAAUCCGAAGUUCUCUUUCUAAGAUAUAUGUUUACAGUUAUAGUUUUCAGUGAAAGAUCAGUCAGAGAAUUCCCUUUGAAGUUUACGAUUCAGUGACGUUCUCGUUUUGUGUGUUUGACCGGAAUGCUCUCUCUCUUAACUGUAGCGUCUUUUUUAAUCAAUUCGGAAGGUAGAUAUAAAACUUUGACGUUUCUUGGGUAAAAGAAAGCCCGCCUCUGGCUAAAUAAACCCUAAUCCAUGUUACAGCAGCUGCAAAGUUGCUUUCCUUGUUCGCUGAGAACAUCGACGCUUAUAAACCCCUCUAACAGCUUGUGCUUCGCUUGAAAUCACUUUAGAAUUUCGUGUGUUUCUUGUGAAGAGGCAACCUGCAAGUUAUUUCGUGCGUGACGUACGAUAUUAUAAGAAGAUUGCCCGAUAAUAGCGUUUCCGCAAAUACUAAAUGCUCGUCCAAACCUUGGUGCUUGUGGAGAGAAACAGCUGGAUCCAAGAACCGUAUAAAACAUUUAAUUCUAAGCCCUUUAGAAACAUCACCAUAUGAGCAGCAGUUGUCCAAAGGCAAAAUUCGUAAUAGAAUUCUUUAAUUAAGGUUUUCUCUUGGCUCUUUCGGAGUCUGGGCGAGUUGAUGUCUCAGCAAGGCCAGUUCAUCAAUUUUAGGCUGAUAACUAACAGAUUACCUUACCGUUAUUCCCUUUCUUUUAUAUCCUUAACGAGAUUGUUUGCAUCCUGUGACUUAAUGUUGAAUAAAAAUAAACAAGUCACAUUUCCACACUUUCACAAGUAUCCGAUCAUUUCAUUGUGAUUCUAGUCGUAUUUUUCCGUAGAUAACUUUUGCUUCGUUUAACAGCUUUGCCAAUAACUCAGCAGGGGUCGCGUAUUAACGCAGAACGCUUCACCAAACCUUGGCAAAAUUAUCUCACGGAAUAUCUGAAAAAACAAAACACAGUCAAAAACAGCCAUUUGAGAACUUGGAGAUAAGAUUCAACUGUAAGGUUGUAGUUUUGUCUUCUGCGUUUGUUUGGCUUUUGUAGCUGUUAUAAGUGUAAACUAAAGACGCAAAUUAGAAACAAGCUUAGCUUGGAGUAAUUUGGCGUAAUGGAUAUUGAAAAGGAAAUGAAAAUAAUAGUUGUAAAGUAGUUUAAAAGUGCUUCUACAAAAUCAAUUUGAGGGAUUUCGCCUUUCGGAUACACUUGAAACACGUAAAUAAAACUUUUUUACAUUAAAUGACGACUAUUUUACAACCAUAAAUAUCUUGUUAGAGCCUACAUAAUAAAUACACUUUUAAAAAUCACAUGCUUUUACGUCUGUGCAUGUAAAUAAUACCAUAUAGUGUUACCUCAGGUUGUCGCGUGGAUGCGUUUGUGUAAUUGGUGUACACUCCUUACCACUUUGCAUGUUUUGAAGCAAUGCUUUCAGUUUUAAACGAAACUGAGCUGGCUCGUUACCAGGGAAACCUCCAUUAAUCCGAGGAAUUUAGCCGAACUAGUCGGCUUGCAAACACGAACAUAAAAGAAACUUGACGUAGAUCCGAAAAUGAUUUUCUUUAGGCAAAAGACUGCGCCAAAACUACGAUUUGUCACGAGUUAAACCCAUUACGAACCUGUCGCGUUUAGUUUAUCGUCUGUCGAUAAGGAACCGACAUACCGACCAAGACUUUAAUCUAAGCGAGUCACUUCUAGUCCAGUUUCUAUUUAACUGUCCGUAUUUUUGGAGAUGUCGCGCAGUUAGUUUUUGAUGGUGUAGCUAGCGUGACUACCAAGCGCAUGAUCUAAGCGUGACUUCCACUUGGGUGGUCUUCACCGUCGACAACAUUCGCAUAAUAUUUUAGAAGUCAUUCUGCAGUUAAUCUAGGAACUCAUAGCAUGGAUCUUUGCAAAAAGCACUGAAUAAUUUUGAGAGAAGGUAUCUGAUAUGAAGAAUUGAGACUAUAUUGAAAUGAGUCUUUUCUUCUGUUAGGAUCGCCUUUUGAAUGGUUUGCACUUGUAAUGACUCAAAUAGAAAUUUAGCAUAAAUCCGCUAAAUAGCGCAAAAAUCAAUGUAAAAAAUAAUAUUGGCAUAUUUCCAGAAAAAAGGAAAUUUCGAUUUUUUGUUAUUAAAAAUUACCCCCUUUCCUUCAGGGUCUGAUUAGGAACUGAGUAGGAACCAAGAAGUUUUCAGGAAAAAGGAUUACUACGGUUUUGUAUUACAUAGAAAAUUGCAAGCGUCUAAACUCAGACAAGAUACCCUACUUAGACGUUAGUCUAGAAUCCCCAAAAAUUACAAAAAUUGUUGUAAAUCAUUUUAUAAAUCACGUUAAUGCCUUUGCAUCGAGACUAGCUGAUAAAUGAGGUAUUUUUACCAUUUUAGCAUUUCUUAUGAAGUCCCCCCCUGACCCCGAUUAAUACUGAGAAGGAACUGGACUAGGAACUAAGGAAUUACGAACUAGGAUCAGCGCAGUCUUUUAAACAGACAAGGGACUAAUCGAUUCUUAUGAAAAUAAAGGUCAAUUCAUUUUCGUACCUCUUGAUCGUUUUGCCAUUGUUUAUAGGAGGCAGGGGGUGGCAAAAAACAUGUUCGUAUAGUUUUUGGCCGAAAAACCGAAAAAAAAAAACGGGAAAAAAAAGAGACUGAAAUUUACAUUCCAAAAAGGAGGCGGAAAACAACAAAAUAUCCCGGAUUAUGAACCAAAAAUAAAUUGAGACUUCAAGAAUCAGCUUAAGACAUGUAGUAUAGAAUAAUAAUCAGUCGAAUUCAGCUAAUUCGAGCUAAAAGCAACUGACAAAGAAAUGCCUCCGUAAUGAAAUUUUCCCAAAAAAACAUAUGGGCAAGCCUAAAUCU